UUUACAAUUUAUUGUUAUAUAAUGAAUGCUAACGAGGUAUCCAAUUAUGACAAUUGUGACAGAUACUGACAUUUUGACAUCACCCUGCUUCCUUUUCGAAUUUCAAGCAAAUGAAUUAACUGAACUGCAAUUGGCAUACAAAACUUCUACCAACACACUCUUUUUUUAUGAACAUCUUUUAAGAGGCAUUGUUAGUUUUCUGUGCAUGCCCUUUUUUUCGUUGUUUUUUAUUUUUACAAGUUUACAAAAGUCGUUGAUUUUGUUACAAUUGUGGUAAUUUGUGCAUAGCUAAUCUUCAUUUUCAAAGAUUAAAUCAUGAAGAAUAAUUACGCUCCUAUUACUGAAAAAGAUGAAGCACAUAAUUCUAUGAUUGACGAUGUGUCGAGCAGACGUCUUUUUUGUGAGAACAGCAUAUCGCCGCAGUUGCCGCCUCCAUAUUCAAAUUCGACGAAAUCUAUUGAUUUGGAAAUGGCAGAACCUGCAGUUGAAAACCUUUCUCCAUCGCAUUCACCGUUACCAUCAUCGAUUGAAAAAAAAAACUUUUUAUUAUCUUUUUUAUAGCCAUCCAUGUUUAUAUUAUUUGUUUAUUCUAUCAAGGAUUAAUGAAGAAUCGGAUAGUUUUCUGGACUGUAAUUAAUUUUUGGGUUAUACUUUUCUUAGGAGUACUAUACACGACAUACGAAUCUUGGACGGAAGGUGCUUGUGCGACUGCUCAUGGAAUCAAGAUUGGUUCUUGUGCAAUGCAAAAUUUCUUCAAAAAAUGGUUUCAAGCCAUGCUUCUGGCCUUUGCCAAAAUAGCCAUUCUCGAUAUUUUUAUUUUAAGUGCAGCUUUUUCCGUGGUAAAGACGACAGAAAUAUUUGAGGGUUGUGAUCCAAAGUUUUUUUGGAUACUCUUCGGCCUACACAACUCGAGUAUCUUCUUAAUUGAAACAAUUUAUCCAAAUUACUUCAGAAUUCUAACGCUUAACGUAAUAAAAUCACUGAUUGAACUACACGAAGGAGAGAAUUAUUGGCGUCCAAGAAGAGAGGCUUAUGAAAUGAAUGAGCAACCCUGAUGAAGCUUUACCACUUUCUCUCGUUUAUAGAUGAAUAAUUCUAAUGUUAAUAAUUUUUUAGGUUUUGAGACGGUUCUGUGCAGCCGAACCUUUCUCGAAAAGAGACCAAGCAUUAUAGUAAAAGUUAAUAUAGGAUGCAAUCUACAUUGCUUUGUUUAACGUUUAUGAAAUUAGGUGCUGCUAAUGAAUUCUUGCUUUUACUUUUUUUGGAUUAUGAAACUCGUACAUUGUUGCCUGUCAUCAAUAUUACGUACUGCUUGAUGGAAAAGUUAUCUUAUCUGAUCCCGAUCACUGCUUUUUUUGACCGUUUCUACUUUAUGCUAAUUAAAGUGAUGAAAUAGCAGAAUUCCACAUGAAGACAAGUACGCAAUUAACUAAUUCCCCUUUUUUAAUAGAAAGAUCGGAUAGUUCGGUCCCUUGAUAAUUAGAGUAAGGAUUGAUCAGACAAGUGAAGUGAGAAACUUUUUCCCCUAAAUAAGUCUUCUCUUCAAUGGUCUUUCACAAGUACAACACAGUCCAUUUAACGUACACAACCCUACAAUUGUAAUUAUUACUUCCACUCAAUAAAUAUUCUUAUAAACCGUGA